ACGGAGGGCGCGGCCGAGGUCAUCACCCUCUCCUCGGAGAGCGAGGAAGACGAUGACGGAGGCGAGACGGUCACACCGGAGGUGUCAUCAGACGAGGAUAAGACCGAUUACCGGAGCGUCCGGCGGGCUACGCAAGGCCAGGGACGGAUUAGCCUCGGAGUAGCGCCGCCGACCGAGGAUCCUGUGGACAUGAGACGAUUCAUGGAGGCGCGAGUCGCCACCCUGCGGCGUUUCCAGCAGAUUGUGGACGCGCGAAAGGUCGCCGACGCCGAGGCCGCAUGGCAGGAGCGUUUGGCUCGGCUGCAAGAGGAGGAGGAAGCAUUGUGGGCACCAACAACGGAGCAGCCGGAGCCAAAGCAGCCGCUGGCAAGACAGCUACCGCCGACGCCGCAGCCGCCAUUGCCGUUGACGCCUCCGCCGACUCGACCACCGUCGCCGCAGCCGUUGUCGCCGCCGCCACGUCAGCCGCCGCUGACGCAGUCACCGCCACCGACACCACCACGGAUGACGGUGACGCAGUCACCGAUGGAGACCGAGGACGCGCCGGAAGACCGUGUUUGGGAAGAGGCGGGAGCGAUCGGCUGGAGAACGCCGGACCAGGAGUCACGCGAUCCGCGAAUACGCGCCGAGCAGAUCGUAAGAGCUCGGAGAAGGAGGUCCCGAGGGAGGAGAGCCCGGGAGCAGCAGACCCGGAGAAGAGAAAGUGGAGCUGGCCUGCACCAGGUGAGGAGCCACCACCACCAAGGCUGCCGAGGCUGACGUCGUGCAGAAGCGCGGGCAGAAUUGGAGGGAGGUGCCAACGGAAGACUGGCCGCUCCGGGUGGCCGAGGAAGCGGCUCGACAAGGGGCACGGAAGCGAAGAGUGCACUGGGCCAAGUUAUUCGAGCUUGGCGGGCAGCGCUACCGCCUUAAGGUACGGUGGGGCGGGGAGGUAAGGGUAGCAGUCGCCGAAUAAAGAAAGCCGGACGGCAAUAAC